AUGUGGCCGAACAGCCUCGGCGGUACUUCCGGUUGCAGCGGGGGCGCCGGCGCCGCCGAUCUCGGGGGCCUCGCCGCCUCCACCACCUCGGCCUCCGAGCUUUUCGGGCCCGCCGCGUUUGGCGCGUCCGCGGCCGGGCCCUACGGGGCCCUGAAGACCAACCCCUACGUCAGCGCCCUGGGCAUGCCGCCGAUCGAGGCGCUACACUCCACCAUCGGCUACCCCGGUUGUACUCCCGCCGGUGAGUCCUACUACUGUAACCCCAGGAAGCAACGGAGGGAACGAACGACGUUCACCAGGGCGCAGUUGGACGUCCUCGAGGGGCUGUUCUUGAAGACGAAGUACCCGGACAUUUUCAUGCGCGAGGAAGUGGCGAUGAAGAUCAGCCUUCCGGAAUCGAGAGUGCAGGUAUGGUUCAAGAAUCGCAGAGCCAAGUGCAGGCAGCAGCAGAAGCAGCAGCAGCAACAACAGGACAAAGCACCGAGGUCGAAGAAACCCUCGGGGAAUCCCACCAACAAUCCGCCCUCAGGAAAAAGUCCUUCGAUUGCUACCACGCCCACGCCUGCCGCGGCGGUGCCUGCCACAACACCCCUGAGCGGAGGUACAGGUGGUUCGGCGGCCAGUUCCCCGGCACUCCUGAGGGAUUCCCCGCAGUACAAACCACCAGGAAGCGCGACCAGUUUGCUCCUGGCGGCCAGCACGACUCCCCCGAGCUUAGGAGGCACUGUGUACAGCAGUGGGGGCAGCAGCAGUAGUAUCUGGAGUCCAGCGGUCACGGAGAGCGGCGGUGGGUUCCCCGGUGACCAUCAGAGGCUAGCUUGGACGACGACCACCUCGCAGCAGCAGUGCUACCAAAAUUACUCUUCUUACUAUACCAACAUGGACUACCUCUCGCCAGCCACCCAUCAACUGAACGUUGUGGACGGUGGGGGUAGCGGUUUGGACAAUACAUGGAGCAAAACAAGGGACGAGAGCGCCUCGUCUUGGUUUUACAAUAGCGCCGGUUGGGGCGACAGAAAGUGAAUGAUCGCUCGCUGAUGCGAACGACGAGGCAAUCGGUACAUAUCAUCGAUAGCUGAACGGACUUGGAAAGUCGAUGGCGAACGCGGCCAAAGACAGUCUUUCGCGUUAGACAUAUCGAUAAAUUACGCGUGACUCGCCCAGUGCCAUAACCGUUUUAUUGCGUUCGAUAGAAGCCCCCCUCCCCACCCUCAGUAGGCGAAUUUUUGUCGGUGUACUUUGUUUCGGGAGCAAGAGCGAGUCACGGAUCGGUGAAUAGGUUCGUAAGCGCCGGUAUCUUGAAGCUACAAGUUCCGAUUUUUAGAUAACGUAUUGUACGAUAAGCGACCACCAUUCCCCGAUGUCUUUGUCUUUGAAAAAUUCGUUGCUUUAUACCGUUUUAUCCAGCAUUCGCUCGACCAAUCAGACAAUUCUCCAGAAAGAAACAGUGGCCUCCCGUAGUGGCCGCCAGAGGGCCACGCUCUCGACUCUCUCGCAAGCGCUCGAGCGACCAUCCAUCUCCAUAUAUACGGCUCCUAUCUCAC